AUGUACAUUGAUGAAGAUCAAUGUUUCGGAACAUUGACAGGUUUGAAAUCAGGUAUUCUUCUUUCACCAAUCGCAAUAAUUAAUCAAAAAAGUAGACAUUAUCUAUCUCGAAAAUUAAUCGUUCCCUUUGGACAAAUUCAAGCAAUCAAGAAAUCGGAUGAUGAUCAUCAAAUUGUGACUAUAGAACGAAAAUCAUCAUCAUUUAUUCAUGAAUAUUUUGUUUUUAUUUUGAAUGAUCGAUUACGUAUUCUUCAACCAACUGAUAGUCCAACAGGUUGGCUCUAUUUAGCAUUGUUACAUGCAAUGACAUCGCAUCCUUUACCCGACCAAUAUACGGGAAUGACUGGUAUGGAACGUUCUUAUCAAUUGUUGCAUUCAGCAGGUUGUUGGUCUGAUCAACCUUAUGAUUCAAUUACACGAAAUAUUCUUCUUCAAAUUGCAACUAUUUCACCUAAAGUUAAUUUUUAUCCCGAACAUCUAACUUGUAUGGUAAAAAUCGAUUGGAACGAGAAUAGUUUACCAUACUCAAUGCAACAUUUUGGUUAUUAUUUGAUAGUAAAAAAAUUAGUUGAAGCAAGUGAAGAAUGGAAUUUCAUGUAUCCAUCAUUCAUCUCGAAUGAUGAAAUAGAAAAACUCUUUCAAAGCAAAACAUAUAAUGAAAAAUUAUUGGCUAAACUCUAUUGGGACUAUCGAGAUUCGUACAAUCCUACAGCUCGACUAUCUACACAGACGGAAAAAGAAAUUUGUUGCAUAAGUUCGACAGAAUCAUAUGAACCAAUCUGGGAAAGUUAUUCAUAUUCAACGAAUUAUAAUUCUCUUGAUCUUGUAUAUUAUUUAUAUGGUAGUGGAGACGUAAAUUUAAAAGAUAGUAAAGAACUUAGAUGUUUUCCUUUGUCUCGAUGGCUUAAAGAUGAAUAUCAACUUAAAAAUAUUUGGAUUGGUUUGUUUAAAUUCGCCGAGCAGCUCAACACGAUCGAAAGUGAUCAUAAAAAAGAUGAUAUUGAACGAUUUGAAAUGUUAUUAGAUUUUCUGCAUUACAUUACAGGUAAAUGUUCUACUCAACCAUUUUAUUUGCAGAUGCUUAAAUCCAUAUUGAAAGUACCAAAUUUGCCAUUGAAAUCUGUUUCAUACCCUGAAUUUACUCGAUAUACAAACAUUCAAGACAGUUCAUUCCAAUCUUAUCGUAUCAAUCUAGGAAAUAUGGGUCAUUAUAAACGAAAUAUAGUUUUACAAGAAAUUCAAGAUUGUUUUGUUAAAAACUGUACUUAUGAAAAUAAGAAUCUUCCGGAAAUGCGAAAACUAAGCAGUCGAACGUAUGAAAUCAACAGGUUACUAGAAUCUUGGCGAGAGAAUAAAAAACUUCGUUCGUUUUUAGAAAAUAUUCAAAAUCAUUUUCGUUCUAUCACAAUUAUUCCAUUGAAUAUCAAUAUGUCUGUUAGUCCUCAACAAUUUGAAUUCGAAUUAUUUGAAAAACAUUAUCAAAUCCGUCUUAAUCUGACAGAUCAACUCAUCAAUCAAAAAUUGUUGAAGAGUGCACAAGAAAAAUUUCUACAUCCUCAUUCAAAUUAUUUUAUUAAACCAAAAAUGUGUGUUCCAAUCAUAAAUGAGCAAAAAGAAUUUCCACAACAAAUUUUUCCUUCUGCUGACUCUCAAGUCAAUCCUCUCAAUGAUAUUGCAAAUUAUUUUAAGGAACACUUAACUGAAAGUUGGAAGAAAUUUAAUUUGACUGAAGAAUAUGAAAAAGAGUUUCCAUCGAUGGAAGAAAUCAAUCAAUUUCUUGAUUCUUUUCGUCAAGAAUCCAUAGAGUGGUGGGAUGAAUUAGUAAAGUCCAUUACAAUAACAAACAAUUUGCUGGUCAAUAUGGGUUUAGUAUCACGAAUCUUACCGACAACUUUGAUAUCUGUUUUUCAACAAAUAUGGUUAAAUGAUAAUGGAUCAAAUAUAUUAUCCGUACAGUUGACACUUGAACAACGUACACUACUUGGUGGAAUAAUGGUUAAUUGGAUUGUAGAGCAGCAAAUCGAGAGAGCUUUAAAUCUUGCCAAUCAAGAAAAGUGGGAAGAUUUUGAAAAAGAAAUAUUAAACGUACCUCAUACUAAUUGGACACCAUCAGAACAUGUUCCAUGGUUAAUACUAGAACUUGAAAUGAAUAUUACAAUUCGAGAAAUACAAGUUCAAGUAACACGUCAUAUGAUACAACCAAUGUUAAACGAAAAUAACUCUUCAGUACGAAAUAUUGUAAUGCAAAUGAAUAUGGGUGAAGGCAAAACUUCAGUUAUUUUACCAAUGUUAGCACUCAGCUUAUGUUCAUCAUCUUCGAGUUUAGUUCGUAUCAUCGUAUUGAAAGCAUUAUUUCCAAUGAAUUAUCAAUCAUUACGAUAUAAAUUAGGUGGUCUACUAAAUCGACGUGUAGCGCCAUUUGCUUGCCGUCGUGACAUGAACUUUAGUUAUGCACAAGUGAAUCAAAUUUCCGAUCGUCUCAAACAAGGAUUACACAAUUUGGAUAUUGUAUUAACAUCACCCGAAGAUGUUUUAUCUUUUGAUUUGCUUACAAUAGACAAAUGUCGACGAAAUGAAUUAGAUACUGGUCGUUCAAUGCUGUCGAUUCAAAGUUGGAUGAAAACAUUUGCUCGUGACGUUUUAGAUGAAUCUGACGAAAUUUUACAUGUUAAAUAUCAAUUAAUUUAUUCGAUCGGUCGUCAACAACAGGUUGACGGAGGUGUAGAACGUUGGAAGACCAUUCAAUAUGUACUGAAUUUAGUCAAACAACAUGCUGCGAAUAUUGCACAGCAAUAUAAUGAUGAUGUUUUUUACAAAGCAUCAGACCGUCAAAGUAGUUUUCCAGAAUUACGUCUGCUUAAUCAUCGACCAUUUUUAGAAUUAUGUCGAAGAAUAGCAAAUGAUUGGAUAAAUCAAAAAAGUUACCGUCAACUAGAUCAACAACUUAUUUUAUCAUUCAUAUUGGAUACGAAUUCAUCGGUCAAUAGUCUAGUCGAUCAAUUUCCUCAUAAUACAAUUCAGUUAUUUUUGAUUAUACGUGGUCUUUUAUCAUCUGAAGUGUUAUUUGUUGGCUUAAAAAAAACGUUAUCGUGUUAA